GGAUGAAACCCUAAUAAUCAAAAUUGGAUGAGGUUUACUUUUUAGCUCACAUUCACAUAGCAUAGCAGUGCUCUAAAACCCCUCGAAGCUCAACCGACCUAGCGAAAACCAGAGAAUCCAUGGAGUUUCCCCUCCGCAAUUGAGCAAUUCCCUUCAUACCAGAGAAGCAGAAUCAUCGUUCGUUUUCCCUCGCAGUCCCUAGCUCGAACACAGCGGAACAAAAACUAUGAAAUGCCUCUGCCCUCUCAUUUCCCUUCACUUCCCGCCAAACGCCGUAGUCUCUCACUCUUCUUCCUCUUCCCCGCCUCAAUUUUCCAUCGUUAAGCCGUCGCUCAGGUAUCAAUUGAGCUCCAAAUAUGGCCGCCGAGCUCUUGGGUUCAGAAACAGAAUCGGAAUUAGUGCAGCUGCCGAGUCUACAUCGGUUUCUACGUUGGCCAACUCAGUGGAAGAAGAUGAGGAAGCGGUUCAGGUGUUCGAGAGGUUGAGGGAGGCGGAGAGGGAGAGGAUAAAUGAGCUGGAGGAAUUGGAGAGGAAAUCGAAUUUGCAGCUGGAAAGGCAGCUAGUCAUGGCUUCCGAAUGGAGCAGGACGUUACUGACGAUGCGAGGGAAGUUGAGAGGGACGGAAUGGGAUCCGGAGAACUCUCACAAGAUCGAGUUCAGCGAGUUCUUGAGGCUUCUUAAUUCAAACAAUGUUCAGUUCAUGGAGUACUCCAACUAUGGCCAGACUGUUUCAGUUAUUCUUCCAUAUUAUAAAGAUGAUAAAAAUGAAGCGGGAAAACGGGACCCAAAGAAGAUCGUAUAUAGGCGUCAUGUGGUAGAUCGCAUGCCAAUUGACUGUUGGAAUGAUGUUUGGCAGAAAUUGCACCAGCAGAUUGUAAAUAUUGAUGUACUUAACGUGAACACAGUUCACGCAGAGGUCUACUCUAGUGUUGCAACUGCUGUCAUCUGGUCCAUGCGGCUUGCUCUUUCAAUUGCAGUAUAUGUUUGGGUUGAUAAUUGGGCUAGACCAAUUUAUGCAAAGUUAAUACCUUGUGACUUGGGAAAGCCACCCACAACGACGAGGCAGCCACUCAAACGCCGGGCGCUUGGUUCACUAGGCAAGAGUAGGGCAAAGUUUAUAUCAGCUGAAGAAACUACAGGCAUUACUUUCGAUGAUUUUGCUGGGCAGGAAUACAUUAAGAGAGAACUGCAAGAGAUAGUACGGAUUCUGAAAAAUGAUGAAGAAUUUCAAGAUAAGGGUAUAUAUUGUCCAAAAGGUGUCCUUCUCCACGGUCCUCCUGGUACUGGUAAAACACUGCUUGCAAAAGCUAUUGCUGGUGAAGCAGGCCUACCUUUCUUUGCUGCCAAUGGUACCGAUUUUGUGGAGAUGUUUGUAGGUGUGGCAGCAUCCCGUGUCAAGGAUCUCUUUGCCAGUGCCCGAUCAUUCGCUCCUUCCAUAAUCUUUAUUGAUGAGAUUGAUGCUAUUGGCAGCAAGCGUGGUGGCCCUGAUAUUGGAGGGGGUGGUGCAGAGAGGGAACAAGGCCUGCUUCAGAUACUGACAGAAAUGGAUGGAUUUAAGGAAUUUACAUCACAGGUGUUAGUUAUUGGUGCAACAAAUAGGCUUGACAUACUUGAUCCUGCUCUACUGAGAAAAGGUCGCUUUGAUAAGAUCAUAAGAGUUGGUUUGCCAUCAAAAGAUGGUAGAUUAGCUAUACUUAAGGUGCAUGCAAGAAACAAAUUCUUCAAAUCAGAGGCAGAAAAGGACACUCUCCUACAGGAGAUUGCAGAACUUGCGGAAGCUUUUACAGGGGCAGAGCUUCAGAAUAUACUGAAUGAAGCUGGGAUUUUGACUGCUAGGAAAGAUAAAGACUAUAUCGGACGCGAAGAACUAAUUGAGGCUCUGAAAAGGCAAAUGGGUACAUUUGAAACUGGCCAAGAAGACAGUACUGAAGUUCCUGAAGAAUUAAGAUUAAGAUUAGCUUACCGUGAAGCAGCUGUUGCAGUACUUGCAUGCUUCUUGCCUAAUCCCUAUCGUCCUUUCACAGAGACACAUAUAAAUUCUAUCCGUGACCGGCCAAAUAUGCAAUAUGAAGAAACUGCUGGCAGGGUAUUUGCCAAAAAAGCUGAUUAUAUCAAUGAUAUAGUGCGUGCAUGUGCACCUAGGGUAAUCGAGGAGGAAAUGUUUGGUGUAAACAACCUUUGUUGGAUCUCUGCAAAGGCUUCAUUAGAUGCUUCAAGGCGUGCUGAACGUUUGAUUCUCCAGACUGGAAUGACAGCAUUUGGGAAAGCGUACUACAGAAAUCAUAGUGAUCUUGUGCCCAACCUUGCAGCCAAACUUGAAGCACUUCGUGACGAGUACAUGCGUUAUGCUUACGAUAUGUGUUAUUCUGUGCUGAGAGAAUACCAUUCAGCUGUGGAGACCAUUACAGAUAUUUUACUUGAGAAAGGAGAGAUGAAAGCUGCUGAAAUCUGGAACGUGUACAAAAGUGCUCCAAGAAUCCCUCAGCAAUGCUUAGACUUUCAGAGCAUUGUAUGGUGCACUGGUUGUGAAUUUUUCUAUGUUUUCUCCAACUUCCAGCCUAAGGUGAAUCCCAUUGAUGAACACGGAGCCCUCAUUUACGCUGGCCGAUGGGGGCUUCACGGCAUCAGUCUUCCUGGUAGGGUCACAUUUGCCCCAGGCAAUGUCGGGUUUGCAACAUUUGGCGCUCCCCGGCCCACUGAGACCCAAGUCAUCAGCGAUGAAACAUGGAAGCUAAUGGAUCAUAUUUGGGAUGAAAGAGUUGAGGAAAUAAAAUCCGAAGCUUCGGAGGAGGUUGAAGAAGAGAAAGAGAAACCACAACUUUUGAUGGCCAGUCAUUUCCUCUGAUGGUGCCUGGUCUGCAUGCUACACUCUGCUACAUGAUGGAAGACCUUGUGUUGUAAACUAGCUGGUCGGACGUGUCAGUCCACGAGUCUUGUAUGUACAUUGCAUUCCGGGCUAAAGGAAUCCCUGCUAAAUCCAUGAAUGUGGCGACGGAGAGAGCUGGCAGAAAGCCGAUUUGGGAGAUGACCCUCAGGUGGUGCCUCUCACUAUAGUUUCUUCCUCAAAAAGCUUCAUCAGUUAUGGAGUUGCCAGUAUUAUCAGUUUAGGAGUUAGGUCUAUAUAAUUCGUCGUGAGAAUUGUGAAAAUUUAUGUUGUGCCAUGAAUCUCUGUGAGGGAAUAAUGCGAGUAACCGGCUCGAAGUUUGCGGUUUUGCUUGCAACACAAGAAUAUGGUUUCAAAUGCUUUUGACUUCAAAAUCUGGGCUAAGGGUCGUAUCAUUGAGAUUAUUUGUCUAACUAAUCAAAAUUGAAGCAGACGUUAAUGGUUU